AUGCGGACUUCAAUUUCUUUGGUGGCCGCUCUGGCCCUCGUCGGACAAACAAGCGCCCAUGUCGUUAUGAUCGAGCCUCACCCCUACAACCUCGACACCCCGCCUCUCGCACAAGUCGGACCUCUGACUGCGCAGUUUCCAUGGCCUUGCCAAGGCAUGAGCGGCAUCGAGGAGGUUACGACUGUGACCGCAGGGACGACUCAGUUGGUCCGGUUCUGGGGCAGCGCCGUCCACGGCGGUGGAUCUUGCCAGUUCAGCAUUGCCUACGGCGAUACUCCCCCUUCAGAGCCUACCGCCUGGCACACCAUCUACAGCAUGAUAGGAGGAUGCCCGGCGGAGGCCGUGGGAAAUAUCCCCACCACGGAAACGGAUCCCCAUGGUCGUGAGAACGGCCCGCAAUGCGGCAACGACUCAGGCACGGAGUGCACCCGGCAGUUCAACAUCCCGAUCCCCAAGCAAAUGAAGAACGGCAAUGCAAUCUUCGCCUGGACCUGGUUCAACAAGAUCGGCAACCGAGAGAUGUAUAUGGUGUGCGCCCCGAUCAAGGUCGUUGGCGGCACAGAUGAUCAAUCGUUCGUGGACAAGCUACCCCCCAUCUUCCGCGCCAACAUCGCCGGCCAGUGCACCACGGAUAAUGGUGUCCUUGGCUUCCCAGACCCCGGAGACUAUGGCGUAGUCCAUGAUGCGGUCACUCCAGGAAGCAACGGUGGGUGUGAGGUUGGAGUUGAGCCUGUCUUUAAGGAUCCUGCUGGUGGCGGCGCUUCCCAGCCAGGUUCCCCUUCUACACCCUCUCCCACGACGCCGGGAUCGGUCGGGACACCCUCUGCUGUACCUUCAUCUUGCUCUGCCGAGCCCCCCAGUAAGGUGACUUCUGCCCCGAUGUCAAGCAAGCCAUCUACUACUGCUGUUCCUUCCAACCAGGUACCCUCCGCUGCGCCGUCCAGUAGUGGUAGGCCUUACUGGGCUGUAGGCAUGGAUCCCUGCCCGACCUCCGGGGCGCUUAUCUGCUUCACGCCCAAGAAGUUUGGUAUCUGCAAUAGUGGGUGGGCUCUUCCUCAGGACGUGCCGGAAGGUACGGUGUGCGUGAAUGAAGGAAUUGCUCAUGAGCAGGUGCAAUAG